UGGAAGUGGCUGGAUCCGGGGCACGCGUGUUUCCAUGAGUGUGGCGGAGAUGGGGAGCCAGGAACCCUCCGAGCCCCCGUCGCCGGGAGACGCGACGCAGAACAGCGCCCGGCCUGCGGACCGCCACGACCUGUUGAAACACAGCUGUGGGUUCUUGGACUUCUGGGACAUUGCGAAGCCUGAGCAGGAGACGCGACUUGUGGCCGAGAAGCUGCCGGAGUAUCUGCGCGCUAGGCCGAAGAUGGAGCGGCGGGUUUGGGGCAGGGGCCGCGCACUUCCCGACAAGGAAGCGGCGGCGGGCCCAGGGAUUUGGGAUGGGGGCACGUGGUCGCGAACCUGGAUGAUAAGGUGCACGGGGUGUGCAGCUUCUUGUCACCGUUCAACGCGAGGGUGCGCUUGGUUCCGCAGGGGUCUGAGAUGAAAUACGCCCUGAAGCGGCUGAUCACGGGACUCGGGGUCUGGCGAGAAACAGCCCGGCCCUGCUACAGUUUGGCCCUGGCACAGCUGUUACAGUCUUUUGAAGACCUCCAUUUGUGCAGCAUCCUGCAGCAGAUACAAGAAAAAUAUGACCUGCAUCAGGUGAAGAAGUCAAUGGUGAGACCUGCUGUCUUUGCAGACCUGUUCAGAGUGCUCGCCCUCUUUCAGUCAGGCUGGCUGGUGAAGGACCAGGAGGUGCUGAGGAAGUCAGUGAAGCUGCUGCAGGCCCUGGCCCAGUAUCAGAACCACUUGCAGGAGCAGCCCCAGAAAGCCCUGGUGGACAUUCUCUUCGAGGUCUCAGAGGCCAUGUUGCAGGAGAUGCUGCCAGAGGUCCUCAGCACUGACUUGGAUGCGAUGCUCAGCUGUCCUGAACAGCUGGGGCUCUUCCUCCUGGCCCAGCAGAAAGUUCCCUCUAGGCUCAAGAAGCUGGUGGGAUCCGUCAACCUAUUUUCGGAUGAGAAUGUUCCCAGGAUGGUGAACAUGCUGAAGAUGGCAGUGUCCUCAGUGAAGAAGGAAUGAAAGCUGCCUGCCGUCGCCCUGGAGCUGCUCUACCUGGCACUCAAGGAAGACAAGUUUCUGCAGUUCUGGAAGGGGAUGGUGGAACAGGGGCUGCUGAAGCUGCAGUUCUGGCCAGCCAGUCCCUCUUAGCUACCUGUGUUUCUGCCUGCUGGGCACCGCCCUUCCCCUGCUGACCAAGGAACAGCUGCAGCUGGUGAU